CCGCGCCUGGGAAAAACGCAGGCAGCCAGGAAGGGCAGCCGUCCGCCGGCCUCGAGGCAGGGCUGGGGGAAGGAAUGGAGCGAGACUCCUUCUCCCUUCAGCCAUAGAAGUGCUGUAAACAUGCUCGGACGCCGGCAGCUUUGGGAAGGAGGGCACAGCCUCGCUGCCGUCGGGGAUGCCGGCAAUGACGGCCCCAUGAUGAUGUUCCGCCGCAGCCGGAAGUUGCCGUUGGGAAGGCGCCGCGUCCUUCCCGGCGGGAUCAGGAAUUUGCACGGCAUUUCCCGGAGCGGCCCCGGGGUGCUGCUGCUGGAGCUCUGUCCUGCCGCUGUUCCCGCAACCCUUCGUGCCAGAUUUAUUUUGAAGAGAAAUGGAGUUUGUAGUCUUCUUAGGAGAAUAGAGAACUCAGAGGAUCAAUGUUUUAAUGCUUUUAUGAUAUGGAAGAAUAAUCUUUGAAACUUAUCUAGUAAAAGUCAAGGCUUAAUUUUCCAGAGUUUAUAGACUUAAAAGCUGCCUACUGGACAUCAUGAGUUCAUCCUCUCCAGUCAACUGCUCUGUCACAGAAACUAAAAGCUUACAUAAUGUGGAGUGUGAGUUACACCAGAAUAGCAGUGAAUCAGAUUUGGAUGCUGUUUUAGAUCUGAGAUGGAAACUUCUUCAAGCUAAAGCAGAAAAUUUAGACUUAACUAUUCAACACAAUCAAGAGGUAUCCAACUAUGAAAGCCAGAUAAUCAAAUUACGGUUGGAAUUUGAGAGAGGAGAGGCCAUUCGACAAAGUCUGGAGUAUGAAUUGGCAGUUGCAAGAAAAGAUGCCCAUCUGAAAAUGUGUACUGCAGAAGAAGAAUUAAGUGAUGCGAAAAACAAACUUGUGGAACUGCAAGUACUCAAUGAAAAUCUUCGGCAGAAAGCGACGGAGACUGAGAAAAUAUUUCAUAAUGCUCAGCAGAAGUGGGAAGAAGAACAACAAAGACUUUCAAGGGCAAAGGAUGAUAUCAGCAGAAUUUACAACAAUGAAUACAUAUUCCUUCUUAAGGAAAGAAAUGAAGUAGAAAGGAUUUUGCUGGAACUGAAUAAUGAACUGCAAAAUAUACGCAAGAAAUUGAGAGACGUGGAGGUGGAACACAGUGGCUGUAGUGAGGUGCUGAGAUGCCAGGCCCGUGAACUUAAAUGCAGCACUGAACGAGAGAAGCAACUUAAAAAGCAACUCGAAGCAGCUGCAGUGAGAACAAAGGAACUGGAAGAAAGCAUUGAAGCAGAGAGAGCAGCACAUUUAGAAUCCAAUUUCACUUCAAAGAUCAUCCAGUUAAGAAUUCAAGAACUUGAAGAAGCUGUGCAUGUGGAAAAAUACAGACGAGCUGAAGCUCUUUCAGAUUUAGAAAUGAUCAGGAAAGAGUUCAAAGAGUUAGAAAAUGCAUAUGAGAGAGAAAAACACAAUGCCCAGGAGAACUUGGAAAAACUCAAUGAAUUAGAAAGAGAGUGUUUCGCCUCAAACAAUGAAAUGAAAGAAGUCAUUGAGGAAAAGAAGGUGGUAAUUAAAGACCUCUCUGAGAGACUAGGGAAUACUGAAAAAACCUGCAGAGAAUUAGAGGAGGAGCUUGCAACGGCCAAGAAACACCAGGUCUUUCUAACAGAGACGUAUGAAAACAACAUGAGAGAGCUGGAGUUACUCUUGGACAGCUUUGCUAUGUCAGGCCAGCGGACAGCAGGCACUUGCAACGACAAAGAUAAACCGCCAAGUUGCUCUGUCCUUGAGACUUUGAGGUGUAUCUUGACAGCUUACCAGAACAAGCUGGAAGAUACCUCUAAUGAGUUUGAGAAAAUGAAGGCUCUGUGUAAAAAGAUGACAAAAGACCUUGAGAUAUCCGAGGAGAAAGUGUGUACUUUAAGACAAGACCUUAAGGAAGCUCAGGAUACCCUGGUUGAUGCCAGUAAAGAGUUAAAUCAUCUGCACACUAAGUGUGCAGACAGAGAGACUUUAAUAGAAACUUUAAGAACGAAACUACAGGAUGUACAACAAUGCUGGGAGAAGGAGAAAGUACGUGCCACAGAAUCAGAAAAUGAAAUCCAGAAGCUUACCAGGGCUUACCAGAAGGAUAUGGAGGAAAAACUAACCUUCCUCCAUAGCUUAUACCAGUGUUUGGUAGCAGGCCGUGUACUUAUAAAACAACCAGAAGGCAUCCUAGAUAGAUUCUCUUGGUCUGAGCUUUGUGUAGUCUUGCAGGAAAAUGUUGAUGCCCUGAUCUUAGACCUCAGCAGGGCUAAUGAGAAGAUAUCUCACCUAGAAUAUAUUUGUAAGAACAAGUCCAAUACUUUGAAGGAUCUUCAGCAGAGCCAGGAAGAUGCUUUUAACGAAAUGGCUGAACAGAUGAAAACACAGGCAAGCUGCUGGCAGAAAGAAAAAAGGUAUCUGGAACAGCAGUGCUCAGGUCUCCUUGGGGGAGUUCAUGCAAGGGCACAGGAAUACCACGGAACAGCAGAGAAAAAUAAGGAAAAAGUGCGUGUCCUUGAAAAAAGUCAAGAGAAAUUGGCCCUUGAAAGUGUUUCUGUGAAAAAUACGUUAACACAGUUUCAGAAGGAGCAUUCAUCUCUCUUGGCAGCCUGUGCGCUAUUGGCAGGUGCCCUGUAUCCUCUCUAUGGCCAAUUGUGUGCUAUGUCUUCCCAAAGAGACCUUCUCCGGGAUCAGGUCAACAUUUAUGAAUUAGUGAACCAGAAGAUUAGGACCCUAGUUCAUGCUCUAUCUGCUGGUGAAGAAAACAGUCAAAAUGAAGUAAAAAUAAAGAAAAGAAAAUUUCAAGGCCUGAUUUAUGUAUUCCGAAGAGCUGUAAUUGCAGUUUUGGCAGCUAAGAGACUUAAAGUUUUAGCCCAGUCUUCUAGUUCCCUCUUCACCUGGACAAAUGGCUUAAAAGAAGGCAUUGGAAUUCGAGUUUAUGUAGGAGAAUCUAAAGGUUGUGAAGAGGAAGAGCUUAACUGUGUUGAAGAACUCAGCUGGUUUACUAGUUCUAACCUCCUUGCUGCGAUAAUUGGUUCUGUCACUGAGUUGCAGGAUGUUAUUAACAAACCAGAUACAAAGUCCUGGCUUUCUGGAAAGUUACUUGUAAGUGCAGCCAGGAACUCCUUUUCAAAGCUUAUGGACAAGCUGAAUGUAAUAAUGGAGACGGUUCCAUUAGACCACAGCAAGUGCGUUAUUUAUCUGGAGAAAGACUCUUUGGUACACAGUCUGGCUCAUGGACUUCACAAAAUAAAUACCCGGGCCCUGGAAGCUGGAUUGUGGGACAGACUAUCCAGUAUGAAAAACAUAGAAUCCCUGCAGGAGCAAAUAUUUGAAUUUACUCAAAGACUUCAUACAGCAGAGGUGGAACGCCGCUCACUGCGUCUACAACUUGCAGAAUUCAAAUGGGAUUUCAGUGAGAUGAAGAAAGAAGCUGACAAAGCCCAGGGCCUGCAAGAGCAAUUAAAUAUGCUUAAACAAAAAUUGAUCACCCAUGAGAAGUUUGAAAGUGUAUGUGAAGAAUUAAAUAAUGCAUUGCAUCGGGAGCAUCAGGCACAAUUGCUUUUGAGUGAACAGGCACAACAGCUACAGGAGUUAAAUAAUAAACUAGAAUUGCACUCCAGUGAAGAAGCAGAUAAAACCCAAGUAUUAAGUGAAUCUGUAAAGAGCCUCUCGGAGGCAACAAUGGAGCUGAGAAGAAGAGAUCGAUUUCUGCGUCAGCAAAAUAGACUUCUUACCCAGCUGGAGCAGGACAAGCGUUGGCUGAGCAAGAGCAUCCGUGAUGCAGAGAGUGCCCUCUGCACGGCAGCGAAAGACAAAGAAUUGAUCAUUAGUCAUAUGAAAGCUGUGGAAGCCACUCUUCAUAAGGUCAGAGAUCAGGCCUUGCUGCCAUGUGCUGCAGCAGCCACGAAUGACUUCACCCUGGAGCUACCCAAACUGCACUUAGAGACCUUUUCAGAGGAAGGGCUGAAGGGCAGGCCAGAGGCUGCAGCAUUUCAGGCCAUGAUUCAAAGUUUCAUGGAACUCUACCAACUUGCAGUUUCCAGAGUUGAAACAUUAGUGAGAGAAACAGAAUCUCUACAGCUUCACAUUGCAGCUCUAAAGUCCAGGCUCCAAACAGCACGUCUUCAUGAAAGUGACCUUACAAAUGGAAACAAGAGGGAGUUCAGACCUCAAUGUGGGUCCAAGCGAGAAAUUCAGUCUGAUCAGAGUUCUGUCCCAGAUUUUUUGGCAUUGCAAGCUGAACCUGACAUAACCUACAGUGUUGCGCAGAACAGAGACAGUUCUCUGUCUUAAAUCUGUUUCUUAAGCCUGGAAUCACAUCCAAUCCCAGAAGAACAAUGGAAAAUGGAUUUUCAGAUUCUUAGUAUCAAUAGUCUUUUAGAAGGGGAAAAUUGUAUUAAUGUAAAAUCAUGCAAUUAAAGUGUAAUUUUGUUGUUACCUUUGAAUUGUAAUUAACUGUAUGUAUUUUUUAAUAUAAAUUUUACAUUUCUAUGAAAAUGUGCACUUGUAUGUUCACAUUUCUGUGCUUUUCAUUCUUUGCAUACUGGAGCAGUUAUUGUUUAAACUUUUAUAUAUUGCGGUUGUUCAUUUUUUAUGUAGUAUAUUUUUAAAUGUUAAAGAAUGACACAUUUUGGGUAAUUUUCCUCAGACUUAAAAAAAAAAUAAAUCAAUAAGCCAUUUUAGUCUCUAUCUAUCAAAGUUGUUUCAUACUUGUCUAUUUUAAAGCAGGACUGCAAUACUUUAAUA